AUGAACGUGGGCCGCACCCAGCGUGCACGCGAGAAGAAAAAGGAUGAGAAGCGGAAGGGCAAGAAGACCAAAGAGGCGCCAGCGCCGGUCAGACAGGCUGAAUCUAGCCGCAGGUGGGGCAAAGGCAUCCUCAUGCUGCUGGCUGCAGCCGUGCUGCAGGCGUUGGUGGGCUUGGCGAUGCUACAGAGCAAGGGAGAGGCCGAGAGCACAGAGGAUUUCCUGGUCACAGGUGGCGUGGCAGGUCCGUUGGCAGUUUUCGCGGACCCAGAUGCGCCUUUUGUGGUGGAGACCCAAGAUUCAGGCGGCCGGAUUUCCGUGCUGGACCCGGGCGACCUUGCAGUACUGGUCAUCUCCAGUGGCCGCAAGGUUUGGCUCUUGCGGGCGACGCUCCAAUCACUGUCCCGUGUCGAUGGUUUACGACCCGGCAACGUCUUGGUCUUCUUGGGGUCUUGGAGCUCCCAGGCGGCAGUCCAGGAGUUCGGCUUCCCCUGA